AUGUCCGAUUCGAUAUCGAGUCAAUCAUUGAUUCAGUAUGUUCAAUCUACUGUUACACCCUUAACACAAAAAGCUAUAAUGAAUCAACAACCAGAUAGUACGCAUCCUCAACCAUCUGAAAUAGAUAUUAAUAUUGGAUGUUUUUAUUAUGGCACAGAAACACCAAUUAUUCUCGACGAUACAAGUUUACCUCAAGCGGACUAUUGUGAAAUUGAUAAUAUUUUUCCUCGUUAUUAUCAGCUCGUUGAUCAACAAUUUAAUCUAUUUUGA